AUGCAUUUACAUGAAGAAGUACCGAGUGUUGUGAGAUUGGCAUUGCACUUUCCAGGAAUGCAUAGUGUUAUCUUUAACCCAAAUGACGAUGCUAUGAAUAUUCUUUCCCAUGCGAAUCAUCAAAAAACAACUCUCACUGCAUUCUUCGAAACCUGUUUUGCCAUUAGUAGGUUGUACUUUACAGACCCGUCAGCUGAAGAGUGCUUCUAUCUUCGGCUUUUACUCAUCGUUGUUCGUGGCCCACAAUCUUUUGAACAUUUAAAGAUAGUUAACAAUGAUCAAUGUUUAAAAGAAGCCUCUGUUAUGUGUAGUGGUUCACAACUAAGAGCAGUUUUUGCAGUUAUUCUUACUCAAUGUACUCCUACUUAUCUUGAGAAAUUAUGGUUAAACUUUCAUGCUAACAUCUGCGAUGACCUUUGUCAUCGAUUAUGUCAUGAACAUACUAUCAAAGAGCCUACUAAGAAUAUGAUUUAUGACUAUGAACUCUUUCUUAUUGACAAAAUCCUUCGUGAUUCAAAUCACUCACUUGCUAGAUGUCCUUCAAUGCCACUUUGGGAGCGUAACUGGGAUCUUUGUUGCGAAAAUCAUCUUAUUGCUGAACAAUUAACAUGGGACCAUGAGAAACUUCAAAAGUUGGUGGACAACCGCACUCAACAGCUAAAUGACGAACAAUGUGCUGCAUAUCACAGUGUUCUCAACUCAAUAACUAAUAGACAUGUAAAUUUAUUUUUUCUAAACGGACCUACUGGAUCUGGUAAAACAUUUGUUUAUAAUACACUUGCAAUGAAGAUUUGCAGUAAAGGCAAAAUUGUAAUCUGCAUAACUUUCUCAGAUAUUGCAGCCCUCUUACUUAGCGGUAGUCGUACAGCACAUUCGACAUUUAAAAUUCUUUUUGAGAUUAAUGAAAAACUUAUCAUUUGGAACAAAAUACCUAUGCAACAUCAUCACUGUGCUGAAGCUGUUGAUCACUCUUUACGUGAUAUUUGGAAUAACUAUCAAUUAUUUGGAGAAAUCACUGUUGUAUUUGAGCAAAUAGUUGCUGCUUCUCUUCAACAAUCUCUCCAAUGGCAAUAUGUAAAUAUACAUACUUUUAAAAAAAAUAUGCAUUUGGGGAUGGAAUCAAAUGAAAAUAAAUGCUUUUCUGAUUGGAUUUUAGAAAUUGGAAAUGGGAUAAAUACUUCUAAACUACAUAAUAUGAUUUCACUUCCUAAGCACAUGAAAGUUGAUCGAAUACUCAACGAUGAAUAUCUAAAAGAUAGAAUGAUUUUAUCUGCUUGCAAUGACAAUGUUCAUGAUAUUAAUUGUGCUGUUUUUGACAUGUUUUUUGGAGAAAAACAUACAUAUUUAAGCACUGAUAGUGCUAUUAUAGAAGAUAGGGCUGACAACAACAACAUAUAUCCUAUUGAGUAUUUAAAUACUCUUAACCCAUCUGGAAUGCCACCUUCUAAACUUGACCUUAAAAUCAGAUGUUCUAUUAUCCUUUUUCGCAACCUUGCUCCUUAUUAA